AUGAACUCGUUUAUCGUUAAAAAAAUAAAAGAUGUUUUCUUAACAGUUAGAUUUCUAAUCAGUAUAAAGGAUGCUAACGAAGAGGAUUAUGCAGUUUUCAGCGUACACGCUAAACUCAUGUCUCUUAUGACAGCAAAUUUAUCCAGUCAAAUACCAACUGUCUUAUUUAUGCUUGGAAUUAUUUGUUUCAUUGGUAUCCUUGGUAAUAUUCUAGUCAUAAUUGUCUAUGCUCUGAAACAUGACCGGUUAACAGCUACACUAUUCAUCCUAGUGUUAGCUAUCUCAGAUUUUCUAGCCUGUGUUACCCUAAUCCCUGGUACAAUGAUUAUUGAAUAUCUUGAAUGGAAUAUUGAUUCAACAUUUCUGUGUAAAUUUUAUUACUUUAUAAAUAAUUCAUUUAUCCCGUUUAGUAGUUUAUUAAUUAGUUGUAUAGCCUUUGAUAGAUAUUUCUGUUUGUGUCAUCCAUUCAAGAAUAUCCUGACAAGAGAAUGCGCUAAACGCGUUAUAUUCAGUUUAAUUUGUAUAUGCUUACUGUUGGGGUUUAGUUCAACGUUUACUGUUCGCGUGGAGAGGAGUAGACCGGAACAAGAUGCUGUCCAUGAUUAUAAGAAUGAUAAUAGCAAUAAUAAUGUUGAUGAUGGCGGGAAUAUAACAUUUAUGCAGAACAGUAAUAAUAAUAAUAAUAAUAAUAAUAAUAAUAAUAGUACCACAACAAUGACUACUUUAUACCUAUUGACAUCUUAUUCAAACAUUUCAAUCGAUUUAUCUAAUCCAAUUCCAAUUGGUGGUGGUGGUGAGAAAUAUGAGUGUACAGAGAUAACCAGGUUGAAUCAUACAAUGAUUGAAGAUGUCCUCUAUAAAAUUGUACAAAAAUUUCAAACAUGUAGUUAUAUUCUGUGUAUUAUUUGUGUGGUUACUCUGUAUGUCUUAAUUUAUCGAUCAGUGUCAAAAGUAUUUAAAAAACGCUUGGAACUUAAAGGAGUGAAAAUGAAUGAGAAAGCACCUAAGCAAACUAGUCUUAAAUCUAGUCGGCCUAAAGUGAAUCAUCACACGAAUGCAUUGAACAAUUCAAAUGCAAACAACACUAGGCAUAAUUUAACACGAAACUUUACAACUUCAUUUAUGAAUAAACGGAAAUACAGUAAAGCUAACGCAGAUCAUUUAAUCCCCACAAAAAGUAGGAGUGUUUCACAAAUUUUCACAGAUUCAAAUAAACCUCUAGAUUUAUCACCAUCUUUACAAACAACAAAAUCCUAUCAUUGUCAAUCAUAUAAAGGGAAUGAAAUACACUCAUGUGAUGAACAACCUUCUACACUAGAAACACUACAACAAUAUGAAGUAGGUCAACAACAAAACGAUCAUUCACAAGAAGAAGGUGUUGAACCACAUCAGCAACAACAACAACAAUUACCGCCGGAUAGUGAGUCGAAGAAAUCGAAUACCAUCAUUACACCAAAUAAUAAUAAUAAUAACAAUGUGAAUCAUCAAAAGAAACCCUUUAAAGCCUUAAUCAAUAAAUUAACCUCUUCAGAUAGUACACAAUCAUUUCACCAAAUUGUGAUAUAAAUCAUGUGAGUACUACUACUCCUACGACUGCUGCUGCUGCUAGUAGUGAAGAUAGAUCUCGACGUUCACUCAAGGCAAUCCGAGAUAAUAUUGCCUUUCAAAAUUUAAAAACAGCUGCUAUGCUAUUUGUUGUCGCUGUUGUCUAUAUUGUAACCUUUAUCCCAGCUAUGCUAAUGGCUAUUCAAUGUAUUCCAUUAUAUUUGCCUAUUUUCUAUUUAUAUUAUAUUA